CGGAGGGGAGAAAAGAUGGAGGUCCGGUUUUACGAGAGACUCGUGUGCCUGGCAGCGUUGUCCGCCGUCCUCUGCGUGGGCUCCGUCCUGGGGAAAUACGUCAAAGGCAUCGUCAGCACCAAAGAAGACUGGGUUUUCCUCACUCGCUUCUGCUUCCUCACUGACUUCGGACGUCUGGACUUCCGGUUUCGCUACCCGAAGUCUCGCUGCUGUCAGAACAUAUUGCUCUACUUUGAUGACAGCUCUCAGUGGCCAGCUGUGUACAAGAGGCCCGAAAAGAAUUGCUACCAGAAGGAGGCGGUGCUGAGGCCAGAAAACAACCAGGUCAUCAACCUUACUACACGGUACACCUGGUCAGGCUGUGUGGUGGAGGGAGAUGGAGAUGAAGAGGUUCUGAGCUGCGUCGGUGGUCGCAGUUUCCGUUCAGUGAGGGAACGAUGGUGGUACAUUGCCCUCAGCAAGUGCGGGGGGGAUGGCUUGCAGCUGGAGUAUGAAAUGAAACUGACCAAUGGCCAGUCUUUCUGGACGCAGCAUUUCUCUGCGGAUGAGUUUGGGAUCCUUGAGACGGACAUCACGUUCUUGGUCAUCUUCACUAUGGUCUUCCUCCUCUCCUGUUACUUUGCCUACAAUCUGAAGGGAAGACAGCUCCUUCAUACAACUUACAAGAUGUUUAUGACGGCGGCGGGUGUGGAGGUGCUCAGCCUGUUGUUCCAUUGUAUCUACUGGGGCAUGUACGCUCGAGAUGGAGUUGGCAACGGUAGUCUGAAAAUACUCGGGAAAUUACUGUUCUCGGUCAGUUUCUUGGUAUUCCUUCUGAUGCUGAUACUGUUGGGAAAAGGUUUCACAGUCACAAGAGCAAGGAUCAGUCACAGCGGAUCGGUUAAACUGAGCAUCUACAUGACAGUCUACACCAUCACCUACGUCAUCCUCUUCAUCUACGAGGCAGAGUUCUUUGACCCAGGUGAGGUGCUGUAUGCCUACGACAGCCCUGCAGGCUAUGGACUGAUGGGGCUGCAGCUGUUGGCCUAUGUGUGGUUCUGCUACGCUGUCCUGAUAUCCCUGAAACACUACCCUGAGAAACAGCCCUUCUACAUCCCCUUCUUCACUACCUACACCUUAUGGUUUUUCGCGGUGCCAGUUAUGGCUCUGAUUGCUAAUUUUGGCAUUCCUCGCUGGGCACGGGAGAAGAUUGUCAAUGGCAUUCAGCUAGGCAUCCAUCUCUAUGCCCAUAUUGUGUUCCUUAUAAUCACACGGCCCUCAGCAGCCAAUAAGAACUUCCCUUACCAUGUUCGGACAUCCCAAAUCGGGAUCCUGCUGUCCAGUCCGAAGGGGGAGGCUGGGGGUGAGGGCUUCCCCCAUCAUGCCUAUGGAAACAGCUCCUUCCUGGGUGACUCUCAACCCAACUUCACUGAACUCUUCUCCAUUCAGUCGGACCCGGUGAAGACGGUGGAGGAAACAGUGGCCCGGAAGGGACAAGAGGUGCCAAGAAAUAGCGAGCAAAAGAUCAUCACCACCACUGCCGACUUGACGUCAACGUUCCCGCCGCCGCCACCACCCGCUAUACCCCCCCGCCUGGCCACACAAUCCCCCCCGGUACCUCCCCGGCUCCCAUCCUUCACAGAGUAUUUCAGCAUGCAGAGCGGAGGAGGAGCAGGGUUGGGAACAAAGGCGUGA